AUGUCCAGUGCUUUUAAACCAGAGCCAAUUCUCAAGCUUCCGCAUAAUGUUAUCCAAUUGAUAAUUGAUUGUAUUCCUAAUGAUUAUUUAGAAGUUUAUUCUGACAUUCCAAUCUUGCAAGAAUUUGCAGCACGUUCAGUAUAUCGCUACAUAAAAAUCGUUUCUGCUGAUGAGUUUUACCAUAUGGAUAAAUAUCAAGCCAUUCCAAGACUAGAGCCAGUCGAUUAUGAGGUGGAAGACUACUUCGCGAAUGUAAGGGAGUAUAAAAAAUUGCGGCCAGUUGCACUCGUGCAAUUGAUGAAGAAGUAUACAAACUUUUGUCCCAACAUUGUUUGUUUUACCCAUAUUGAAUUAUUCAUGUGGUUUCAUAAAAAGCAUCCAGAGAUUUUAAAGAAAUUACCCAGAAUUGAUUUCACUUUGUUAAAUGAAUCUAUCCCAAGCAAUGUAAACAGUUUUGAUUUUGAGAUAUACAACGUUUACCGAGUUUGGGAAGUACCAGGAUUGUCUAACAAAAAACUAUUCUCGUCAAUUAAAUCCCUUCGCUGUGACAACUUUCAAAUAAAUUUUCGAGAAGGCUGGGGUGAAAACCUUCAAGAGUUGGAAUUCAUUGGAAACUUUCGAACACUCCCACCCUUGCCAUCUACUUUAAGAAAGUUGCAAUUAGGAGGAAGUGGUAGUCUACCCUCGCAGUUUAUGAGACAGCAAAUAGAUCUAUCUUCGAGCUCACUUCCUAGCUUCCCUUUGGGAUUGGAAUGCUUAAAAUUAUUUAUCUGUGACUUUGACGAAUUGGAUAUUUCGUAUUUGGAAAAUUUACGUGACUUUCAUCUCGUGGCGGAUAUAAAGAGUAUGAGCCAGUUAAAGCUUCCUUUGCAAAUUCAACGUGUGGCAUUAAAGAACUCACGAAAUGGAGGUUCCACAUCUAUUAUGCAGAGUUUAAAAUCCCUAGAAUCAUACAAAAACUUGAGAGAAUUUAGAAUUGAAGACAAGAAUGUAUGGAGAAGAACAUCAGUCCUUGACAAUGUAGUGUUUCCUCAAUCUUUAGAGACAUUAGAAAUUAAUAUUCACAAUUUCUCUGCUAAGCAAACAGGCUGGCAGGAAGAGGAUCCGUUCACGAAUUGUAAGCUUCCUCCGGGCUUGAAAGUUCUUCAAAUUCAGACGCACAUCGGACUCGAAAAUCCAUCAAAAAUGGAAAUUCCCAAUUCACUAAAGUUUUUAAAUAUUAAUACAGUGCAAGUGAUUACUCAUGAGGAUGAAUACUUUGACCAGGGCGGCCCCCAUGAUUGGAGCAAUGUGCAGCUUCCGUCCCUCACUGGCUUGAGACUUGGUGCAUCUACUUUCUAUGGGAUUGUUUUCCCAGAAUCCUUACUUAGCUUGGAAUGUUCCUCGCCUAGCAAGAUCAAAAUCGGCGAUAUAAUGUUUCCAAAGCAUUUAAUACAUCUCAAAAUUUCAAUGCUAAAGCUGGCGGAAUUGAACGACCUUCCACCCAUGUUGCAAAAAUUGGAUUUGCUUGAAAAUGAACUCGAGAAAGUGAUUAUCAACAACGCACCUUCACUAAAAGAAGUUGAAUUGCUGUGUAAUAUUUUUGGCAAUAUUAGUGGUUCUAACUUUCAAUUACCUGAUACGGUUGAAAUACUUUCGUUAGAAGAAUGUCCAUGGGUUAAAGAAAUCUCUGCCAAUGUGUUCCCGACAAAUUUGAGAAAGCUUGAUUUGAAACAUACUCCAGUGAGUCCCAAUGCAAUUAAUAACAUAAUUUCAUCAAACUAUCAGCACUUGACUCAUUUGGAUCUAUUCAGUUGCAAAAUUUCAAAAUUAGAUAAGUUACCUCCAACAUUGGAAUGGAUCCGAUUAGACAGAAAUCCAAUUUCUUCGUUUUCACCAACAGCUUUAUCCGAGUUAAUAAAAUUGAAGGUAUUGUCAAUGAGAAGUACUGAAAUCAAUGGAUUUCUCGAGAAUGGAAAUAAAUUGGUAUUUCCUGGUUCUUUGAUUAGUUUGGAUUUAUCUGGUAAUCAUUUCCACCCAGGUGCAGUCAGAAGUUUAGUAUUGUAUCUGUGCGUCAACUUACAAGAAUUGAUUCUUGUUCAUAAUCCAGACAUGAACGAUGUUCAAAUUUUGGUUGAUGUAGUUAAGACGUUUUGUCCGGCUAUUGAUGAGUUCACUUUGGAUGGUACUCAUAGAGAACGUGUAAGAGGAGAUCAUGAUUUUAUAUGCUGGUCCACAAUGAUUGAACAGAAGUACUUUGACUGGUACGAUUGA